UUAAGAAGAAAAUUAGGAGGAUUACUUCUCCAUUAUUCCAAAUUCCAAUCACGAACAGGCUGUUCCAAUGAUGAUGAGUUUGCUUCUCUCACUUCAUUACUGUCGUUGUUACCGGUGACUCUUGUCGGACGGAGAUUCUUAAUUCCUCUUUCCUUUCCAUCCAUUAUUCUUCACAUUCUUUCUCUUUCAACUCUCGCUAGAUCUACGCUCAUAGUUUCACAGGGUUAUAUUAAGAGGUGUAGUGAAUCAUUGAUGGCAAUUUCAGUUUCUCGGGCUAUGUCGAAGGGCGUAGUGAUGACAGUACCUGUUCUGGUUCUCACUGUUUCAGUGGCUGCUGUUUUUCUAUUCUUUCUAUUGUCCUCUCUCUCUUCUUGCUCAUGCCCUUCACAACCUUCAGCCACACUGGCCAACGAUGCUAGGAGCGUUGAUAUUGAUUCGUCUAAGUCUAGUAAAAGUAAUGGUUUGUUAGCAACAAGGAAGGAGGAUGUUGAGUGGGUGAAAGAUCAAAUACAAGCAAAUGGGAUUCAUAUGCAAGAAAAUGUGCUCCGUAAGGGUAUUAACCCUCGCACUAGGGCUCAACAACUUGAGGAUCUUAGACAAUUUAAGGGCAUAUCACACUAUGAGGGACCUGAAUCCAAUAAUCACACAGCCUUUCCAUGCCCCGGCGAACUUCUAGUUGAAGAGCACCAUAGCAACUACGGCGAACCAUGGGCAGGUGGAAGGGAUGUGUUUGAGUUUCUUGCUCAAGCCAUUCAGCUCAGACCAGAAUCACAGGUACUGGAGAUAGGCUGUGGCACACUUCGAGUUGGCUCGCAUUUCAUUCGAUACUUAAACCCAGAACACUUUCACUGUCUUGAAAGGGACGAGCUCUCUCUGAUGGCUGCAUUUAGGUAUGAACUUCCUGCUCAAGGCCUCUUACAUAAACGACCGUUGAUCGUUAAGGGGGAAGACAUGGAUUUCAGUAAGUUUGGUUCCGGCGUUACGUACGAUUUAAUUUACGCUAGUGCUGUAUUUCUUCACAUGCCUGAUAAACUCGUAUGGAUUGGAAUGGAAAGAUUAGCGUCUAAAUUGAAACCUUACGAUGGACGAAUCUUUGUCUCGCAUAAUAUAAAGUUCUGUUCAAGGUUGGGAGGAGAGGAAUGCACCAAGAGGCUUAUGAGUUUGGGGCUUGAGUUUCUUGGGAAGCAUACACAUGAUAGUUUGCUAUUCAAUCACUAUGAGAUAUGGUUUGAAUUUAGACGAUCAAAGAUUUAAUGUUCGGAGUGAUUGAUUCUUUGAAAAACACGAGAAAUAGUUUUGAAUGACCUCAGGCCACUUAUUGCUUUGCUCAUUGCAACAAGUCUUCAGCAACUUAGUGAUAUUCUUGCUUCAGUCCAGAGAGUACAGUAUUUUUUACUCAUUGGUUCAUUAACUUGUGCUGGAAAAGCGAGACGGGUCAUUUGUAAUUUUGAUUGAUAACAUGACAAAGGCAAGAAGAUCUGUAUUAUAUUUUGGGAUCCUAUUCUAAAAGGGUUAGCUUAAUAUAUAUACUUGUUUUAUUACGGUCUCUAUUUAGAUUAUGAUAAGAUAGUUGUAUUUGGCAGUCAUAUUAUCAUACAACUGAUUGUUGUUUUGACCAUUAUUUCGUGGGAUGCCAUCGAACACGUGUAAUGGUGUGGUACCUUUUACUAUUUAUAUUUUUUGGAUGAUUUGUGAAAUACUGUUUCAAGUUUAUAUUCAUUAGCAAAUAGAGCUAAUGAAUGGCUUGGUUGUAGAAGCUAGCAGGAGAUAGAUUGAUUUCUAGGUUGAAGUGGUGUAAUUGUUUUUCAGUUUUAGUUCAUGAAUUUCUUGUUUUAGUCCUUCAAA